CAAUAAGUUGUUUAAAUGGUAAAAGGAAAAGCCUAUCAAGUGAUAAAGGUGAAUUUUGAGGGGGAAAAGGAUGGUUCAUCGCAUAACAGAGAUUUUAAAAUUUCUUACCAUCUUUCUUCACCUACUGGUUGCCUACAUGUCUUGCAUGUGAGAGUUCAAACUUCUGGAGCCUUUAAUAGGUUGAUAGGUGGUUAUCGAGGAAAAAAGCGGUUUGAAAGUUGGGGACAGAACAGCUCAAAGGAAUCACAAUGUAGUUUUGCUGAAGACUUGGGAUGCUUGUGCUGCUAUGAGGACAGCCCACUGGCACUUGCUCAGGCUCAUGAGACACGAGACAAACUCAUGGCUACACAUUCAGAGUUGGCUGAAGAGGGUGCUAUUCAAAUUGUAGUAAUAAAAACAACAGGUGAUAAGAUAUUAAGUCAACCACUUGCAGAUAUAGGCGGGAAAGGCUUGUUUACAAAAGAAAUUGAUGAGGCACUCAUAAAUGGUGAAAUUGACAUUGCUGUCCAUUCAAUGAAAGAUGUUCCUACAUACUUACCAGAUAGGACAAUUUUGCCUUGUAAUCUUCCACGAGAGGAUGUUCGGGAUGCAUUUAUCUCCUUAAGUGCAGCUUCACUAGCAGAGCUUCCAGCUGGAAGCACUGUAGGAACCGCUUCACUCAGAAGAAAGUCUCAAAUUCUCCAUAGAUAUCCAUCACUUAAAGUGUUGGAGAACUUCCGGGGUAAUGUUCAGACACGGUUAAGAAAAUUAAAUGAAGGGGUGGUCCAAGCAACUCUAUUGGCUUUAGCAGGACUCAAACGCCUAAAUAUGACUGAAAAUGUAACUUCAGUUCUUCCCAUUGAUGAUAUGCUUCCAGCGGUUGCUCAAGGGGCUAUUGGAAUUGCGUGUCGAAGCGACGAUGAUAAAAUGGCCGACUACAUAGCCUCACUGAAUGAGGAGGAAACAAGACUAGCGGUUGCAUGCGAGAGGGCUUUCCUCUUGACAUUGGACGGGUCGUGUCGCACUCCAAUUGCGGGAUAUGCUUGUCGGAAUGAGGAUGGGAAUUGCAUUUUCAGAGGACUGGUGGCCUCGCCCGACGGAACCCGAGUGCUAGAAACUUCUAGACAAGGGCCCUAUGCCUACGAAGAUAUGGUUCUGAUGGGAAAGGAUGCCGGGAAGGAACUUCUGUUGAGAGCAGGGCCAGGUUUUUUUGAUUCAUUUUGAUGCGACACUUGGAUAAUCUCUCUUUUAUUAGUGAUGAAGAGAUAAAGGUAAAAAUAAAGAAGGAGCUGGGCCUAUUGGUGUAUGAGUUCAUGGGAUAGAUUGUGUACAGAGUCGUUCCAGCCAGAAGAUCUCUAGGGGUUGGUUUUAAGGGCUUGCAGAGUAGAGUUUGUUUUGUUGUUACAUAUAUGUUGCCAUUUUUAUUUCGUUGU